UCAUGAGCCAGCAGAACGGAAGGUCGCUUAGGUCUGAGUGUAACUGGUUACACGUAAACGCAGCGGAUCUUGCAUUCUGAUGGCUUUGGAAAUUCGCAUUUCGAUGCGCUUGUGACAUGGGCUGCGGGACAAGUAAAGUGCUGCCGGAGCCCCCCAAGAACUGCUACGUGGAUUUUGUGAAAUCGGUGGUGAAAUGUAACAACAAACAGAAACUAUGCGAUGAGGAGCCCCUUAAACCAUCUGGGAAGAAAACCGAUUUCUGGGGUAUUCAUAACCCCGGGGAGUAUCAACAGCAGCAGCAACAGCAACAGCAGAACCAGCACUUGCUAUGGCAGGAAGGAGUGAAACGGAACAAAGUCGCAAAAUAUAGAGCGAAGUUUGAUUCAAGAGUGACAGCCAGGUAUGACAUCAAGGCUCUCAUAGGAAGGGGAAGCUUCAGCAGGGUGGUUAGAGUAGAGCACAGGGCCACCAAGCAACCGUUUGCCAUCAAGAUGAUAGAAACCAAAGCCAAGGAGAGGCGGGAGGUGUGCGAAUCAGAACUGCGCGUGCUCAGGAGAGUCAGCCACUGCAAUAUCAUCCAGCUCAUCGAGGUCCUGGAGUCCCAGGAGUGUGUCUACAUGGUGAUGGAGCUGGCCACCGGAGGGGAGCUUUUUGACAGAAUCAUCGCUAAAGGCUCAUUCACUGAACGGGAUGCAACCCAGGUCCUGCAGAUGGUUUUAGAUGGAGUGAAGUACUUGCACAGCUUGGGGAUUUCCCAUAGGGAUUUGAAACCAGAGAACCUGUUGUACUAUCAUCCAGGUAUAGACUCAAAGAUCUUGGUAACUGAUUUCGGAUUGGCUAACUCAGGCAAUAAAGGCGGAGACUGGUCAAUGAGGACGACCUGUGGGACACCAGAGUAUAUUGCACCAGAGAUCCUGUUGAGGAAGCCCUACACCAGUGCAGUGGACAUGUGGGCUCUUGGUGUGAUCACGUACAUUUUACUGAGUGGGUCUAUGCCAUUUGAAGAUGAGAACCGCACAAGGCUUUACAGAAUGAUCCUGAAGGGAAAGUACAGCUUUGUUGGUGAUCCAUGGCCCAGCAUCUCCAACCUGGCUAAGGACUACAUCAACAGGCUGCUGACAGUCGACCCAAGCGAACGCAUGACUGCGACACAGGCACUGAAGCACCCGUGGAUCGUUACCAUGGCAGCCUCAUCCUCCAUGAAGAACCUCCACCGCUCCAUCUCCCAGAACCUGAUGCGUCGGGCAUCCUCCCGCUGCCAGAGCUCCAAGUCGGGGCAGUCCAGUCGCUCUAGCCGGUCCCGUCGCAUUUGGGAGAAGGAGAUCCUGGAGCGCAACCUGAAAUACCAGCCCCACUACGAGCAACAAUGAUUCCAUGAGGGGGGCUGUUUACAGACAUGACUUUCAAAGUCAAAUAGUGUGUUUACACUUACAACUCGGAACUGAACUGGCUCAGAGUUGGUUCAGGUCCGAGUUCUACUCAGAUUAGAAGAUUCUUAUAAUUUGAGCCACCCUGCACUUGAGCAUAGUAUGCGAACGCACAGUCCGUGAACUGUAGUGCGUACCUGGUGGCAUCAUAUUGCCCACCCCUUGCGUGAAGCCAAUUCCCAUCCCCAAAGCACAGAGGAAGUGUUUAAAUCAACAAGCCUGUCAUGUGUGUCUCUUGUGUGUUUCUACUUCAAGGUGGUCAUUCCAGAUAAAAUUUUGCCAUUAGAAAUGGAGCGAUGCAUUGAAAACGUGCAUAUCGGACAUUUAAAAAAAAAAAAACGGUGUUAUUUUAUACAUUUACACAUCAGUCUGACAACUCUUCUUAUAUGGAAAUGUAAACUCCCGUUUAUUCUUUUACCCAUGAAAAAUACUCAUUUGUGCUAUUCAACAAAAUUGAAACUCAUUAAUUUAAUAGCUAAAAAGAAACAUCUGCAACUUUUAAUUGUGUACUCUUCUCCCUCCAGAGCUCAAGUUUAUUUACCAUAUACUAUAUGGUAGUAUGUGGUAUAUAUGGUAGUAUGUGGUAUAUAUGGUAGUACAGUGAUGCAUGAAAUAAAACAAGCGCCCUGCGUAGGUCUAAAAGCACAUUACUUUUAAAUAAAUGACUGUAUUCGCCCCAUGAAGGAAACCUUUCAUUUUCAUAGCGAUUUUACUGUAAUGAUUUGUUUAAUUCUAGAUAGAGGUACCCACAAAACCGAACAUUUCCUAAUAUUGAUACGUAUCAAAGUACGAUCACAGGUUACAUUUGUAGAUAUGUGUGAAAAAUAAUAUUUCUGACAAUAAAGUUUCAUGACAACUAGGCUGGUUUUACUUUUAUCCCACAUGAAUUAUUAAAUAUCUUUUCACAUUAUAGCACAAAUAUGAAAGUCUGUUUGUAUUUUGGAAUCCUCUGCCUCUGUCAUUCUCAGCGUUCUGUCAAAGAUAUUUUUUUGGUUCUGCUGUCCUAGUAACAAUCUCAACUUCCUGUUGCUGUUGUUCUGUGUCUGUUUGAUGCUGACAAUGGGGGCAUUGCCCACGAGUAUACGUGGCAAACAUGAGCAGUCUCAGGGACCGCUGUGUUCACGGUACAGCAAAAAACAGACCAAAGCAGGCCACUUUUAGGGCGGCUGGACCAAGGACGGCUGUGUUUACACACACAAAAAAAAGACCUAAGCAGUCUCAGAGUCGGCUUAACAGUGGCUCGUGUAAACAGGGUAGAAAUGAGACCGGUCUGUAUUGAGUUCAGUUGCUCAGUUUAAUGCCUGUGCCAAAUACAAGUUUUGAUAAUUGAUGUUCCCAGCCACAACUAGUACUUAUCUGGACCCCCAUUCCUCUCUUUGCCUUAUAUAAACCCAUCAAAUAUAUAUGUCUGCACUGUAAAAAGUGAAUUCACUGUAGAAUUGUAUACAGAAAGUAAAUUAACAUUGCUUUUGUUUUUUUUUUGGACCAGAAGCUCUUGAACCAGUGACACACCAACAUGGAUAGCUGAUCUAAUUUUGCUUUCCCAAAAAAGACUUAAGGACUUUCUCAUCUAUUCAAGCUAUCCUCAACACUAUUUGCAGAGUUUAAACUGUUACUGUAGAUUUGUUUUGUAAUAGUGGAUAUUUCUAUGGUACUGUUCUGUAGCA